CUUGACCCACUGAGACAAAACCCAGCAGACCUUGACAAUGUCAAACGCGUGCCGCGUCAAGUGACAAAACCGAAUAAAACGGACGAAGUGCCCAGCACUAAACUCUUGCACGGACAACGGAAUCGUACGACAACUCAUUUGACUACGACAAAGACAGUAUCGAGAAAAACAACGCCAAGCAUUACCCGUAGUCGCACCACCAAGUCCUCCAAAAUAUCGAAGACAACAAAGCGGGGCGUGGAACUGCGUAGCCACUAUCAAAGCAGACCCGUCUACCCCCAGAAAGUAGUCGUAAACGGACCCCAUGCAAACGACCAAUACGAAAUUGAGAUCAAUAUACGACAGACAAACAAAACUCCAGUAACGAGACCGAUUGCAGCAGAGUAUACCGACUAUACGACGUCGACUGUCUAUAGACCCUACAACAACUACGAAAACAGCUACGCUCCCCAGUUCAUGGACUAUGCCAGCACAACGCCCAGCUACAGCUAUUAUCCAACGCAUAGGGACACCAUACCGCCACAGCUACAGAAAACGAAGCCGCCGACUAUCAUCUACCUUAACGACAAUGACGACAGACGCACCACGACACGUGCACCGAAUAUAUUUCAAAACUUCUUAACCUUUGCCACCAAUACCUUCAAUCCGAAUGCCAACAGACGACCAACGCAAGCACCACAGACGCCAAGUCCAAUUUCUUCGUUCCAUCAAGAGCGACCUUACCAAGAGACUCAUGUGAUAAAUAGUCCCAUCAGCAGCUCUCUCAGUAUAAGCAGCCCGGCACACUAUGCGCCACGCCCACCCUUAUCCCAAACCCACUCGACUUCGAGCAGCUCCCAAAUCGGGGUAAGCCCACAAAAUAAUUAUUUGCAUGCCUCCAGCUCGGCCGUCAGUGCAGGCAACUAUGGCAGCAUUUCUGGUGUGGCCAGCGCGAAUGGAGCCGACAGCAUAUUUAGCUUUAAUAUCCGUCCACGCCCGGAUAACAAUCCCGUGUUUAGUUCCUACCCAAGUCCGCAGAGCUUGGGAGGCAGCUACGGCCUCGUCUCACAAUCGCCGUACAAACCCGACUAUCAGCAGAGCCACAGCGAACUCUACUACGAUCGAGAGCUAACACCAAAUCAGAGUCCUUUCUCUACUGGCUCUGUGGUGGGCCAUCGACCGCUGACACAGACACAACCGUACUAUGCCCGGACGCAGGAACUGAAGGACUUAGGGAGUAACAUUAAUGAGAUUUCGAGUACAGAUCACAAACUAGACAUGAUUAAGGACUACGAUUUCUUGAGUCGCACUUUAAGCAAUAUUACGACUGAUGACAUUGCACCGGACACCACCGACGAUUACACAUACGACGAUGACGAGCCGAACAAAAACAUUGACUUUACGAAGGGGAGCAGGCCAAUAGAUAAACCGACUGCAUCCAAUGAGAAUACAAAUACAAAUGUCGUAGAUAAUAAGACACCGAAAAACUCGACAUCGAACACGACUUACCUGGACGAUAACUUCGUGCUGCCCAUGCUGGACAACAAGACACAGAUAGCGUACGUGACAGAAAUGCCCAGGCCAAUGCUGAGCACCUCCAGCCGUAGCACAGCCAAUAGUAAAGUUACAGUUUUUACGGACAGCCUUGGAAAGCAGUUGGGCAGUAGCAUCUUGGCCGAUGCCGAGGACUAUGACGAACGAUCAGCAGCUGCAGCUAGUGCAGUUGUUAAACAGUUGACGAACGUGGCCUUCGCCCCGAUUAACGUGCUGACAAAACCGGACAGACCGGACAACUGGGUAAUAUUCAACAAGACAAAUGAGGAGCCGCCUCUCCCACAGCCGCCAGCAGUAAGCUCGGGCAUGGGCGUUGAACCCGCUGCAGAGAUCCCUAUGCCGUUUCAUAUCGUACGUGAAAAGCAGAAUAUACGCGAAGCAGUAGCACCGGAUACAAAACAAAAAACACAAAAUGCUACGAUCAGCACUAAAAAUUAG